CAACUUUCAGCUACUCAUGGACUUCCUAUACCGAAACCUAAUCGAUUGGCAAGCUUCUCCGUCUCGACGUUUCUUGAAAUUCCGGAUUAGAAGAAGUGCGACCUGGACCUGAAGGUGUCGAUUAACGUGUGUAAACAUUCGACCAGCCUUACGUCCUGGCACGUACCUGAACUCUGCUCUAUAUAAAAGCACGGAAAUAACGUUUGGUGCAACCACACGCGCACCGACGUAAGCACGAAACACGUGAAACAUCUGCGAGGAUAAACAGAAUUAAUCAUCAUGCAGCUCUCUACUGCACUACUUGUAUUGGUAAUUAGUUCUAUACAAAUCAGAGACGGAACGACCGCCUUCGCACCAACGUUAGUAGAUAAGGUGAUCGUGUGUCGCGGCGAUGCGACGGACGUCACCCUGACGUUUGAAUCGGGCUUCAGUGGUGAGGUAUUCGCCGACGGUUUCCACGCCGACAGCAGAUGUCGGGCGAGCGGUUCGGGAGCCGAAUCACUCACACUGCAGGUCGAUCAUAACGAAUGCGGAGUCUUCCAAAACACCGCCGAACAAACGUACGCGGUGUUUGUGACCGUUGCUCAGCGUCAGAAUCUGAUCGGAGCCUACGACCUGAUGUUCCUCGUCACCUGUCACUACGACGUUGUCACGGCGGUGACGAUCAGCGCUAAUGACCUAGAGGUGGGACAGCUGUCCACCGUCCUCGUGCACAACACGCCUCCGCCGCCGCAGAUUCGCCUCACGGUGUGGGAAGGCAGCGACAGUGACGACAAGACGACACCUGCAACCUUCGUCGACAUCGGCGAAUCUCUGCUGCUCGUUGCUAGCUUAGAAGAUGCCAGUAUCUAUCAGAAUAUCCUUCUAUAUGACUGCCGCGCGUUCAGUGCGGCUGAUCAGAGCUUCCAAGUGGAACUAGUUGACAGCGCCGAAUGUGUGAAUGCCGAUCUAGUCGAUGAGGUCAUCCUGACGGAGAAAGUACAGAAGCGUGUGGGAGGUGACAGUCCGGUGGAGAAGUGGAUUACCUUCCGGGCAUUUAAGUUCCCCGAUGAUGACGUCGUCCGCUUCCGAUGCCAGGCGUUCGCUUGUUUCUUGGCUUCUGAUUGUGAUGACACGUGUUCACACGUCAGGAGAAGGAAGCGUGCGACGAAGGAAGAGUUUAUACAGAGCGAUGUUCCGAUGGUGACACUCAGUGGCGAGAUCCGAGUGCGCAAGACUAACGCUUCUCCUAUAAGCCAAGACGACAACGUUGGCCGUGCCGACGACAUCUGUAUUCCAUCUUCUGGCUUCGCUCUCGGACUAGCUUUCUUCCUCAUCGCCAUUGUCAUCAUCGUCGUCUCUGCCUUCCUCAUACGUCUGCGUUGUAGACGUGACGUCAGCGAACCGUUGGCAUAACGACGGAUUUGGAAUAUUAAUUAAGAAGGCUGUAAUAAGAACAAGCUAUACAUUAAUUAAGUAGCUUUGCGUGAUCUAAGACGCGAGUUCGGAUGUGGAACGGAUUUCGGUGUACCUUAUAGCUUAUAUAUAUCAAGAGCUAAUAAUAUCUCUUUAUUUAGAGGUAUUAUUAGCUCUUGUAUAUAUAUAUAAUGUUACAGCCUAAUAUUGUAUAUAUAUUGUAUAUGAUCAUCAUGCUGUACAUGUAUAUUGAUGAUGUAUCUAUCAUAGGAAUCAUAAGUAGAUCUAACCUGUAACCGAUUCUGUGCUGUAAAUACGCGAUCAAAACACUGUGGGAUAUACUUGCUCUAUUAAGUUAUGUAAAAUACCAUGUAAGUGAUAUUGAUGGUUUUUUUGUGUGGUUUUUAUUGCUUAUGGGAACUUAUUUGUUUUAUUGUAAUAUAUUUUUAUAUACGAAGAAACGCUUUCAGUGUCUACAGCGCAGUAAAUGAGAACGCCACCUUUUAGAUCGUUGUUUUGGAAUGGCACAAAACACAAAUGUAUUUUUAUUCAGUCCUUAUAUGAUGAAGCUAUAAUAACUGUAUGAUAACUAGAUUGCGCGUUAACUAAGUGAAAUUGCAACUAUCAUCAUGUAAAUAAAUUGCUUUACAAAUA